UUCUCAUUAUAUUUACAUUUCAUUUGUCUUUUCUCUCGCGCCUGUUGUGUUUUCGUUUGUUAUCCUGGGCGCAGUCGAGCCUACCGUUCUAGCAUGAACGUGCCAGGAUGAAUUUUAUAAAGUCACGAAGUCACGAACGAGCAAAGGUCGACUCAUCUACGAUGGCCUGUUACGCCUCGUACGUCCUUUCGCCUUCCUUGCAUCGUCGCUGCAAACCUUUCGCGCGGCCCGAGAGGAUGAAAAAGCGCGCGACUACUGACUGGCCGGAUCAAUCCUUCCGAAAUAUGACUUAGACAUUUUCGUUGAAGUCCGUCUUAUGACCCCAAGACCUAUAGAAGUGUUGAAGAUGACCGAAGAUUCUGAGAAAGAUGUCUUAUAUUGUCUACUUUGUGAUAACAAAAUAGGAAUUUCGUCAAGGAACAGUAUUUGUAUUUUUGAAGAUAAUGCAAUAACGAGUUCAGAAAAACCUAUAAUUGAUAUCCUCUGUUCCUUAUUACAAGUGACUAUAAAUAAAGAAAACGCACGUUCAGAAAUAAUUUGUAAAAAGUGUUUUAGGCUUAUUAAUGAGGCUAAUGAAUUAGAAUCUAAAUUAACAGAAGUUAAAUUAGAAAUAUCUAAUUUAUAUAAAAAAACUUCUAUGAAAUUUUUGAAGAUAAAUGCUAACGGAGAUGAAUAUAAUGACCAUGAUUAUAUUGAUAAUCUGGAAAAUGUAGAUACAUUAUCGGUAGUUAAAAUUCCAGGGAAAAUGAAGGAAAUUAAGAAAAAAUCUAAAAAGGUGAAUAUUUCAGACGCAAUUUCAAUUGAGUCUGAUGUCAUUGAUACCGAAGAAAUUGUUAAAUCCGUUGAAAUAAUAAUAGAUAAUGUUGAUGAUGAACAAAGUAAUAAUGAACAAAGUGAUGAUAUGGAAAAUGAUGAUAUUCAUGAUGAAGAUAUUCAGGAUGAUGAUGUAGAAAUUAAUUCACCUGAAAACGAAGAGUCACAAAUUGAAGAAGUGAUUAUAGAGAAAAAGAAUUGCAUUAAAGCUCAAAAGAUAAAAAAAGAGGAACCGGUAGAAGAGCUGGUUUUGAGAGAUGGUGAUAAUUACAUUUGUGCCAUUUGCUCAGAUAGUGAAAAAGAAAGUAGAGAUGCUAAGUGUAUAAUUGCUCAUUUAAAGGAUGAGCACGAUACGCGUCUCUAUAUAUGCGAUAUUUGCGGGGAUCAAUUUCGAAAAAGAACUGAAUUAUCACAUCACUUAGAUGAUCAUGUAGCAAAGGAGGAAGGCGACUUUCAGUGUGAAGUAUGCAAUAGAAUAUUCAGUAAUUUACGACUUUUUCGUAUUCACAAGCGAAUUCAUUACCCUCAAGUUAAGUCUUGGACAUGCGAAACGUGUGGUAAACGCUAUAGCUCGAAAAAUUUACUCGAAGAACAUACAAAUACACAUACUGGAAACCGACCAUAUAUUUGUGAAAUAUGUGGCAAAGAUUUUGCAUCAAAAUACACUCAUCGCGCUCAUGUAAAAACUCAUCAGAUUAGACCAAGACCAUACGAGUGUUCUCAAUGUAACAAAACUUUUCUUAGUCAGCAAAAUUUGACGCAACAUGUUAAAACACACAAUGGUGUUAAGGAAUAUGUUUGUCAACAAUGUGGCAAAGCAUUUGGUUCUGUUCAUAAUCUUGUAGUUCAUAAUAUUGUCCACACUGGAUAUAAACCGUACAUUUGUCGUGUUUGUGGUAAAGCCUUUGCACGGAAAGCGGAAAUUCGUGAUCAUGAAAGAACUCACACAGGCGAGAAACCUUAUCAAUGUGAAUUUUGUGGGGCCACAUUCAGCCAAAGAUCAAACCUACAGUCUCAUAAAAGAGCAACUCACUACAACGAUAAAAGAUAUAAAUGUGAUGAUUGUGGCAAAGGUUUUAAAAGAAGAAGAUUAUUAGACUAUCACAUUAAAGCAGCCCAUACUGGGGAACGACCUUACAAAUGCGAAACUUGUACAGCAACAUUUGUAUAUCCGGAACAUUUUAAAAAGCAUAUGCGUAUUCAUACGGGAGAAAAACCAUAUUUAUGCGAGGUUUGCGGAAAAGCUUUUAAUAGUCGGGAUAAUCGAAAUGCACAUAGAUUUAUUCACAGCGAUAAAAAACCUUACGAGUGUUUAGUAUGUGGAAUGGGUUUUAUGCGAAAACCCUUACUUUAUACACAUAUGCAGACACAGGGUCAUUUAAAUGAUACAAUUGUUGUUAAUCAACCAAGACUUACUACAGAAGAUGAUGUAAUUAUUCAAGAAAAUAGAGUUCAUCUAGUAAUGGAAAACGACUCCAAUCAAUUAGAUGAAAAUACACAACUAAUUGUCACAGAACUGAAAGAUCAUGUAAUAAUUCAAGAAGAUGAUCAAAAUGUUCUGAGUUUGACAGAAGGAAAUAUAAGUGGUGAAGAAAUGGAUCAUCUUGUAGUAGAUGGACAAAUGGCAUUUGAGGAUUCCGAAGUAAUGGAAUGUAAGACAGAAGUAGCAGAUGCUGUAGAGGAAGUUUAUGGCUACCAAGAUGCAGACGGCAACACUAUAGUUUUGCCAGCUGGCGCUAAUAUUAAAGAAAUUAUCGAAGAUGGAAAUAAAACAAUGCGACUAGUUCAGAUUCGCAUACCAACGAAUCCCGCUGGCGACGGAAGAAGUUGGCUGAGUUUAGUACAAAACUCUUGAUUGUAAAAUAAUUAUUUUGUGUUUCUAUCUGUGCUCAAACUUCUUUUUACUAUAAAUGGCAAGUGAAUUUAUUGAAUGGCGAAUAUUUUUUAUCA